CCCUCUCUCCUUCUCCAAGCUCCCGCGUUCACGCUGUGCGCGUCCUCGCUCGCUUCUGUCAGGGUUGGGAUGUGUCUCAGUAUGGCGGUAGGGCGCGUCGGCAGGGAUGCUAGUGCUACCGCUCUCUCUGCCGCUCUUACUGGCGCCGUCUCCGCAGGCAGCGGAAUGUGAAGCCCACGGCGGAAGGACAGGACGCGAAACGGGCCUGACGCGCUGAUAGUCCCCGAGAGCGGACAUGGCCAGACUGGCCGACUAUUUCGUGGUGGUCGGGUACGACCUCGACAAGAGGGGGGGCAGUGAGGGACAAGGCUGCAUUCUCCAGCGAUUUCCAGAGAAGGACUGGGAAGAUAAUCCCUUUCCACAAGGCAUCGAGCUGUUCUGCCAGCCUAGCGGGUGGCAGCUGUUCCCUGAAAGGCUUCCACCGACUUACUUUGUAGCCGCACUAACUGAUAUUAACUCAGAACGCCACUACUGUGCCUGCUUCACGUUUUGGGAAGAGGUUGACAACACACAGCCCCAGAAGGGCCUUUCCAGUGAAGCUGAUGAAGAUGAGGAUGCUGGGAUUGUGCAGCCCUCUCAGCUGUAUGCCCCCAAAAGUCUAGUGCUUGUGUCUCGGCUGGACCAUCCAGAGGCUUUUAAGAACUGUCUGGGUCUCAUCUACGCGGUGCAUAUUGACGGCCUUGGCGUCCCCCUGGAGACCCUGAUCGGCAACCUGCUCACCUGCCUCAUACCCAUUGCGGGGGGUUCCCAGAUAUGCGACUCCCCUGUUUGUAGUUUUAACUUGGUCCCCCAGAAUCUUGCCUGUGACUGGCUUCUGGGCUGCUUUCAGCUUGACCCGGACGAGGAGGAGAACAGUGUGAGGACCAUCACUUUGGGGGCUGGUGAUCGGCAGGUGAUUCAGACUCCCAUUGACAACUCGCUUCCUGUGAGCGGCAGCAGCACCGCCCAGCUGUUCCGGCAGCUUGGAAUUGUCAAUGUCCUGUAUCUGUUCUGCGCCGCUCUGACCGAACACAAGAUCCUCUUCCUUUCCAGUAGCUACCAUCGGCUCACUGAAGCAUGCAGAGCCCUCCUGGCAAUCAUGUUUCCACUGAAAUACAGCUUUACUUAUGUCCCAAUCCUACCCGGAAAACUGCUGGAGGUCCUCAGCACUCCCACGCCCUUCAUCAUUGGGGUCAGCUCUUUCUUCCGCUCCGAGACCCAGGAGCUGCUAGACGUGAUCAUCGCUGACCUGGAUGGAGGCACAGUGACAAUCCCAGAGUGCGUACACAUCUCCCUGCUGCCUGAACCUCUCCUACACCAGAUGCAGAAAAGCCUCUCCAUGGUUCUAGAUCCUGAGCUGGAACUAGCCGAUCACGCUUUCCCACCUGUCUCCACACAGCCCUCUUCCCCAAAGAUACAGGACAAGGAGAUUCGUGCUGUGUUCCUCAGGUUGUUCGCCCAGCUCUUCCAGGGCUACCGCUGGUGUCUGCACAUAAUCCGUAUCCACCCCGAGCCCGCGAUCCGCUUCCACAAGGCAGCUUUUCUGGGCCAGCGGGCGCUCGCUGAGGACGAUUUUCUGAUGAAGGUGCUGGACGGCAUGGCCUUCGCCGGCUUUGUGUCUGAAAGAGGGCCGCCUUUCCGGACCAAGGAUCUUUUCGAUGAGCUUAUUGCCCAUGGAGUGGAGCGUAUCUGCCAGGAGGAAGGAGAUCCACAAAAAGGAAUGAGCCACAUCAAGGAGCUGGCUGAGCAGCUUUUCAAAAACGAGAACCCAUACCCCACCGUAACCGUGCACAAGGUCCAGAGGCCCACCGAGGGCUCCCACUUGCGCCCCCACCAGGCACUCUUCCCCCACCUAGACGAGGUCACCGUGCAGCUUUUCAUCGACCACGCGGCGGCCAAGCAGAAGGCCGCACCCCUUGCCGUCCGCGCCGAAGUCAAGUGCACGGUGCCAUCUGGGCCGCCCCUGGGCGACGUUGCUGACAGGAAUGGAAACGUUCUGGCGAACAGCGCCCGCAGACAAGAGGUGGUCAGGAACUGUAUCACGUACAUCUUUGAGAACAAGAUGCUGGAGGCCAAGAAGCUGCUGCCGGCCGUGCUGCGGGCCCUAAAGGGUCGGGCGGCCCGGCUCUGCCUCACCCAGGAGCUCAACCAGCACGUGCUCCAAAACCGGGCCGUGUUGGAUGAUGAGCAGUUUGACUGCAUUGUGCGCAUGAUGAAUUGUACGCUCCAGGACUGCUCCGUCAUGGAUGAACACGGAAUAGCGGCCGCGCUUCUACCGCUCGUGACGGCCUUCUGCAGAAAACUUGGGGCUGGCAUCACCCAGUUUGCCUACAGCUGUGUGCAAGACCAUAUGGUUUGGACCAACAUGCAGUUCUGGGAAGGCAUGUUCUACGGUGACGUUCAGAACCACAUUCGAGCCCUCUACGUGGAUGAAGAUGAGCAGCUUAGUCCAGAGAAGCCCCAGGCUGUGCGGGGUGGCCGCUCGGCGCUGGAAAUCGCCUCGGAGGAACGGCGUCUGUGGCCGACGCUGAGCAAGGAAAAGCAGCAAGAGCUGGUGCAGAAGGAAGAGAGCACUGUGUUCAGCCAGGCCAUUCACUACGCCAACCGCAUGAGCUAUUUGCUGCUGCCGCUGGACAGCAGCAAGAGCCGUCUGCUGCGUGGCUCGGCUCUAGGCGAUGCGGAAAGCGUUAGCAACAGCUACGUCACCAACAGCAUCGCGGGCAGCAUGGCCGAAAGCUACGACACAGAGAGUGGCUUUGAGGACUCUGAAAACUCCGACGUGGCCAGCUCAGUGGUGCGCUUCAUCACCCGCUUUGUUGACAAAGUGUGCAACGAGAGCGGGGUGACCAAAGAUCACCUGAAAGCUCUUCAUACCAUGAUUCCAGAUAUUGUUCAGAUGCACAUUGAAACCUUGGAUGCGGUUCACAGGGAAAGUAAGAGACUGCCCCCCAUACAAAAGCCCAAGCUACUGAGACCCGUUUUGCUUGCCGGCGAAGAGCUGGUGAUGGAGGGCAUGAGAGUUCAUCUGAUUUCGGACGGGCGCGAAGAGGCCACGGGGGCGAUGGGCGGCCCACCCUUGCUACCUGCCGAAGGGGCGAUCUUUCUCACUUCCUACCGCCUCAUCUUCAAAGGCACUCCUAGCGAUCCUCUCGUUGGAGAGCAAGUAGUGACACGGUCCUUCCCCAUUGCUUCCCUCACCAAGGAGAAAAAGAUCUCUGUCAGCAUCCCCAUGGAUCAGUUUAUCCAGGAGGGCCUGCAGUUGCGCUCUUCUACCUUCCAGCUCAUGAAGAUCGCCUUCGAUGAGGAGGUGGCCUCGGACACGGUCGAGGCAUUCCGGAAACACGUGCACAAGCUUCGCUACCCGCAGCACGUCCACGGCACGUUUGCCUUUACCGUGGGCCGGUCCUGCAAGAUGGCGCCGGAGCACAAGCACAAAGACGAGAACCGUUAUCUAAAGACGCUGUCAAAGAGUUUGGUGAAGAGCGCCAAGAAGACCAUUGGCUGGCAGUUCAUCGCCCGGAAGAAGGACUCUCCCUCUGCUUGGGAGACCGAGGGUAACCCGCAGUCGCAGGUGUACGAGGAUGAGAUCUCGGUGUCAGAAGAGGCAGAGCCAGCCUCCCUCACGCUGUCCUCUACGAUCAAGUCUGCGGACCGGCAGACGAUGAGCAACGUGGUGGAGCGGGCUUGUUGCCGUGACUACCAGCGCUUGGGCCUGGGAACUCUCAGCAGCAGCCUGUCGCGCUCCAAGAACGAGCCAUUCCGCAUCUCCACCGUGAACCGCAUGUACACGGUGUGCCGGAGCUACCCCGGGCUACUGAUCGUGCCCCAGAGCAUCCCGGACUCCACCAUCCAGCGGAUCUCGCGCUGCUACAGGCAGAACCGCUUUCCGGUGGUCUGCUGGAAGAACUCCCGCACGAAGGCUGUGCUGCUGCGCUCGGGUGGUCUCCACGGCAAGGGCGUGGUCGGUUUCUUCAAGUCCCCCAAUGCGCCCGGUCCAGGACCCUCGCAGGCCGACUCCACGAGCCUAGAGCAGGAGAAGUACCUGCAGGCCAUCGUCGGCUCCACGCCUUCCUACUCGGAAGCGGGAGGCAGGAACACGCUCGGCGGCUUCGCCUCGGCACGCGCGAGCAGCUCAGAUUCGUCGGACAAGAUGAGGCAGCCCAAAAUCGGGGCCCUGAUGAAGCAGGUGAUAGGAGGCAGGGAAGACGUUUUGGGGACCUUCGGCAGGGGAGAGCCAGCGACGGGUCAAAGGUCGAGGGUCGUCUCCCCGUCUCGACCUAGAGCUUCGGGGAAAGCGAAAUCAACUCCGAGAGGAAGGUGGGGCAGCAUUCGGAGCGGCGGCCGGCCGAGCACCUACGACCCGGACAGGGGGACCGGGCCGCCGCGUAAGGAGCCUCUCCAGGCCAACGGGGGGCCGGCUGAGGUCCCCUUCGUUCGGCAGCAGAAGGCCCGCCUCUACAUCAUCGGGGACAAGUCCCAGCUCAAGGGAGGAAAGCCGGACUCCUUCCAGCAGUGGGAGGUGAUCCCCAUCGAGGCGUUUGACGUUCGUCACGUGAAAGCCAGCUUCAAGAAGUUGAUGAAGGCCUGCGUGCCCGGCUCCUCGUUCUCCGAAGCCAACACGACCUUCUACCGUUGCCUGGAAGAGUCCGAGUGGAUGCGUCUGCUGCACAAGGUCCUGCAGGUGUCUGUGCUGGUGGCUGAGCUGCUGGACUUGGGCUCCUCGGUUAUGGUCAGCCUGGAGGACGGUUGGGACAUCACCACGCAGGUGGCGUCGCUGGUCCAGCUGCUCUCGGACCGUCACUACCGAACCUUCGACGGCUUCAGGCUGCUGGUGGAGAAGGAGUGGCUGUCGUUCGGCCACCGCUUCGGUCACCGGGGAGCGCGAACGCUCGCCGGUCAAAGCGGAGGCUUCGCGCCCAUCUUCCUGCAGUUCCUGGACUGCGUGCACCAGAUCCACCUGCAGUUCCCCACGGAGUUUGAGUUCAGUCAGUACUACCUGAAGUUCCUGGCCUAUCACUACGCGUCCAACCGCUUCCGCACCUUCCUGCUGGACUCGGACUACGAGAGGAUCGAGCUGGGCGCGAUGUACGAGGAAAAGGGCGAGAGGAAGAGCCAACAGGCGUGCAAGUCGGUGUGGGAUUACAUGGAGAGACUUAACAAGAAGACCCCUGUUUUCUUCAACUACACGUACGCCCCCGAGGACGGGGAGGUGCUGAAGCCCUACAGCUACAUCUCCAACCUGAAGCUGUGGGACUUCUACGUAGAGGAAACGUUGUCGGAGGGACCCCCUUACGAUUGGGAGCCGACUAGAGGGAGGGCGGAGCGGGUCGAAGUAGAGGAGAGGCCCCGAAGGGCGGCCCCCCGUUCCCGGCGGAAGGUGGUCCGGCCCUGCUACGACAACCUUCACCGAGCGGUGCCCGAUGCCAUCGCCAAGCUUCUCCAGGACCUGCAGUGCCUGGAAGCUGAGCUUGGCCAGGCGCCAGACAGGUGGAAGGACACCUGGGACAAGAUAAAGGCGGCCCAUCGGACCGAGAUGAAGCUCGAAAGCAGGCUGUCGCUCUCCAGCUCCCCGCCGAUGUAUUCCGACCUUGGCCGCUGGCGACGUUCCCACGGGGCGUACCUGCAGGAGCGUGUCGCGGCCUCUUCAAUUGAAUUGACGCUGGACGGCGAAGGCGGCGUGGCCCGUGCACCUUCAGGGGGUGCCAUGGGGAGGCCUGGCAGCGGCACACUGUACAGCCAGUUCCGGAGCACGGAGAGCGAGAACAGGUCCUUUGAGGGGAUUCUCUUCAAGAAGGGGGCCUUGCUGAAACCAUGGAAGCCUCGUUGGUUUGUCUUGGACAAAACAAAGCAUCAGUUGCGGUACUAUGAGACGCGGCAGGACAAGGAGUGCAAGGGUGUCAUUGAUCUGGCGGAGGUGGAGUCCGUUAUGCCGGGUGCUCCUAGCAUGGGUGCCCCCAAAGGUGUGGAGGAGCAGGCUUUCUUUGAUGUUAAAACAAGCAAGAGGGUAUACAACUUCUGUGCACGUAACAGUGUGCAGGCACAGCUGUGGAUGGACAAUGUGCAGAACUGCCUGUCUGAUGCUUGAGAGGGAGUUUCCACCUGUGUCAUCAUGAGUUGUGCUGUUGCAUGUUUGACCUUGUACUCCCUGUAGGAUGAGGUAUAUUUCAAGUGCUUUUAAACAUGCCUCUUGUUUACAGCAGCAAUACCUAGCAUCAGUUCCCCCCUGUUUGAUGAGCAAACCACUAAUGUAACAGUUGGAAGAAGGAGUAAAGCAGCACUUGAGUGCAACUGUUAAAUGUGUACACAUUUUUCUGUAAUAUAGUAGUAAUUUAUUUAACUGUCUUGUCUGUCAUGUGUGGUCCUUUUACAUAAUGAAGCAGUAGAGUACGUGCCAUGGUUUGUCUUGUCUGAGUGUAUGUUCUGUGAGGUGGGGCUGGAUUCCAGUUGCUGCUGAUGAACAAGUGGAAGACUGUGUAUAGAUUUGUACUCACCCACCUAUUGUUGAAUGUGACAAGAGCAAUGUUUUCUAUUUCAUUAAACAAGUGUUUUUUGGGUUAAAAAAAGAAAGUCUCUUGUUUCCAGCUGCAUUUAACUCACUCUUCAUGUGCUUCUGCACUGGUCAAACUGGAGUUAUAAGCUCUUGCAAUGCUGCCACCAUGGGGCAGA